AUGGUCUUCCGAUUCCCCAAAACCCUCGACCCCAUAACCCUCUUCCACAGUCCCAGCGCGCCGGCGUCGCAAAACGCCCUCAAAACGUUGCAACGGGCGCUCGCGGCCGCCGAAGCGGGCGAGCCGCAGACGACCAAACGGGGCGAGUUCCAGCUGGAGGUGACGACCGAGGCGCCGACGACGGACCAGCUGCGUAAUAUCCUGGACUAUGUGACGGCGGAUCCGGCGGGGGCGGGGAGUAAUCGGAUUGUGUAUGGGGUUGAGCAGGUUGUGAAGGGGGCGAGGAAUGCGGAGGAUGCGGUCAAGAGGUUCAAGGAGGAUGGGGGACAGGGGUUUGUUAGGCCUAUUACGGUGGAUUGGACGAAUGGUCGGGCUGUGCUUGGGGAUAAUGAAUCGGAGAUUCUGAAGAUGGUGCAUCAGUUGGAUGUCGACUAAAUUGUUUCCUUCCAUGUGGAGAAUUUGGCUACAAUUUCCUGGUAUGACUUGGUUUGAAUAUUUGGAUUUCGUUUUAUCAGUCUACGAUACCUCUAUGUAUCAUACAAGCAAUUACACUCAACUCCAGACCAUGA